CUUUUUGCCGUCUCUCUUUCUUCGAUUUCUCUCUUCUCUUCUUCUCAACAUCUCUUUUCUCUCUAUAAGAAUCUCGAGCUUUAUCUUCUCUAGAUCGAAUCUCUUUAAUUCGACGGAUCGGAGCUCAGGCUGAAUCGAUUAUACAGGAAUUCAGAGUUCGCGGGAUUGGAAUUCGACUGGGGUAGUGAAAAAUUAGGGUUUCGAUUCUGGUGGCGCAAGGUGUAACGUUGGGCUUUGAGGUGGAUCUAGGGUUUUGAAUUGGUGAAGAUAUAAGGAAGUGGAACAGGGUUCGGUUUCAGAAUUAAGGAGGAGGGAUUGAUGGUAGUCGAGGGGGAAAAUGCAAGGCUAUGCAUGGGCGGGCAGGUGAGGAAAGGAAAAGGGGCCGGCACAUGUGGACAGGACCCACUCGUGGCAAUUCGGUUGUAGCUGGUGAUGUUUCCUCGUAUUCUUCUUCGGUAUCUCCAGCUAAUUCAUUUUGCAAGGAUGGACGUGAGAUCAGUGUUGGAGAUUGUGCUCUAUUCAAACCACCCAAGGACUCCCCACCUUUUAUUGGAAUAAUUCGCUGGCUGACUACCGGGAAAGAGAGCGAGUCAAAGGUUGGUGUAAAUUGGCUGUAUCGACCUGCUGAAAUAAAGGUUGGCAAAGGCAUCCUUUUGGAAGCUGCGCCAAACGAAAUAUUCUAUUCCUUUCAUAAGGAUGAGAUUCCUGCUGCAUCGUUACUCCAUCCGUGUAAAGUUGCCUUCCUUCCUAAAGGUGUUGAACUUCCAUCAGGGAUUUGCUCAUUUAUCUGCCGGCGAGUUUAUGACAUUACAAACAAGUGUUUAUGGUGGCUAACUGAUCGGGAUUAUAUUAAUGAACGACAGGAAGAAGUAGAUAAGCUAUUGUAUAAAACACGCAUAGAAAUGCAUGCAACAGUGCCCCAAGGUGGGCGUUCACCAAAGCCAAUGAAUGGUCCGACGUCAACUUCUCAGUUGAAGCCUGGUUCAGAUAGCAUACAAAAUACUGCCUCAUCCUUCCCUUCUCAAGUUAAGGGAAAGAAGAGGGAACGGGGAGAUCAGGUUUCUGAGCCUGUUAAACGAGAACGUUGUUCUAAAAUGGAUGAUGGUGAUUCUGGUCAGUGUAGACCAGAAAGUAUUUGGAAAUCGGAGAUUGCUAAAUUUACGGAAAAAGGGGGGCUUGUUGACUCUGAAGGGGUUGAGAAAUUGGUACAACUCAUGCUGCCUGAGAGAAAUGAUAAAAAGAUAGAUUUGGUGGGCCGGUCAUUACUGGCUGGUGUCAUAGCAGCCACAGAGAAGUUUGAUUGCCUUAAUCGGUUUGUGCAGCUUAGAGGCUUGCCUGUAUUUGAUGAGUGGCUGCAGGAGGUGCAUAAAGGGAAGAUUGGUGAUGGUAGCAGCCACAAGGAUAGUGAUAAAUCAAUCGAGGAUUUUCUCUUAGUUUUACUCCGUGCAUUGGAUAAACUACCUGUAAAUCUUCAUGCAUUGCAAAUGUGUAAUAUUGGCAAGUCGGUGAACCAUCUGCGCACACAUAAGAACUUGGAAAUUCAGAAGAAAGCAAGAAGCCUAGUUGACACAUGGAAGAAACGCGUUGAGGCUGAAAUGGAUGCAAAAUCUGGUUCUAAUCAGGCUGUUGCAUGGGCUGCAAGGCCGCGACUUCCAGAAGUUUCACAUGGUGGGAACAGACAUUUGGGUACAUCCUCUGAGGUUGCAAUGAAAAGUUCAGCUGCCCAACUUUCUGCUUCAAAAAAUGCUCCAGUCAAGCUUGUCCAGGGGGAGAUGGUGACCAAGUCUGCAUCUGGUUCUCCGGGGUCAAUAAAAUCUAUACCAUCUUCUACAUCAGUGGGCAAUAGCUUGAAAGAAGGACAGGCCCGUAAUACUGGUGUUAGUGGUGCAUCAGACCUUCCUAUAAUUGCUGCAAGGGAUGAGAAAAGCAGCAGUUCCAGUCAGUCCCACAACAACAGCCAAUCUUGCUCCAGUGACCAUGCCAAGACUGGGGGGAUUUCUGGAAAGGAGGAUGCAAGGAGCUCUACGGCUGUUUCUAUGACUGCAAAUAAGAUCAUUGGUGGUUCUUCUCGGCAUCGUAAAGCAAUCAAUGGUUUCCAAGGUCCAGUCUCAUCUGGGAUCCAAAGGGAGACUGGGUCAAGUAGGAAUUCUUCCUUGCACAGAGGUCAGGGUGCAGAAAAAUUAUCGCAGUCCAGUUUGACAUGCGAUAAGGCAGCUGAUGUUCCAAUGGGAGAGGGUAAUAACCAUAAAUUAAUUGUUAAAAUACCUAAUAGAGGCCGUAGUCCUGCACAAAGUGCUAGUGGAGGAUCUUUAGAAGAUCCCUCAGUCAUGAAUAGCAGAGCUUCUUCUCCAGUGCUUUCAGAGAAGCAUGAUCAAUUUGAUCGUAACUUGAAGGAAAAGAGUGAUGCUUAUCGAUCUAAUGUUAUCUCUGAUGUCAAUAACGAGUCGUGGCAAAGCAAUGAUUUCAAAGAGGUACUUACUGGGUCUGAUGAGGGUGAUGGGUCUCCUGCCACUGUUCCUGAUGAAGAGAACUGUAGGACUGGUGAUGACAGUAGGAAAUUAGCAGAUGUCCCCAAAGCGGCUUCCUCAUCAUCUGGAAAUGAACAUAAAUCUGGCAAAUCGCAUGAGGAAUCUUUCAGCUCCAUGCAUGCUUUGAUUGAAAGUGUCAAGUACUCUGAGGUAAAUGCAUCCAUGUCACUUGGAGAUGAUGUUGGAAUGAACCUACUUGCUAGUGUGGCUACUAGAGAGAUGUCCAAAUCAGAAAUGGGUUCUCCAAAUCAUUCUCCACAAAGAAACGCCACUACUAUUGAUAACUCUUGCACAAGCAGUGAUUCAAGACUAAAGUCAUCUCCUGGCAAUAACGCUCGAGACAGUAAAUCAUCCGUUGAUGGCAUUGAUGAUGAGCUUGGGAAGCGGGGGACUAUUGCUGGUGUGUCACUAGCUAAGAUCACUGAGGAUAAAACAGAGGUGCUCAAUGGGCAUCCAGGUACUUUUGGUAUGGAUGUGCAGCAAAUUGCAGAAUUCUGCCAACGAAAGAAUGUGAAAUCAGAAGAAACAUCACCAGCCACUUCAGUGGCAGUGCCCACUGCAAGCACAAUAGAUAAACCAUAUGCAGACAAAGAAACAUGGGACGGAAAGGCAGAUAGCAAGACAAAUGUAGAUAGCAUGUCCGAUACAAAUGAGAAGUUGCAUAGUUGUCUUGUAAGUGAGAGUAAGAUUGAUGUUUCAGGAGUAGAUGGUGGGACUGAACCUGUUGAAGAAUCAUUGCCGUAUCCAUCAAUGGAGAUAGAUGGGGAGAAUUUGAAGAAUAAAAAUGAAGAGUUGAAUAUUAAUCUGCAAACAGACCAAAAACAUCCAGCUACAAAUUGCCCUCAAUUCGCAAAAGUUACGGUUGGGGAAGUGCUGCAUCCUUCCAGUUCUGACAAGGAUAUGGUUUCUGAAAAUAAUACUGUUGGUGAGCUUAAGGUUGAAAAGAUUGAGGGAACAGAUGGUGGGAGUCAGCAUAAUGAAAAAGAAAAUAUUGCCCAAGAAAAAAAUGUUGGUUCAGCUGUUACUGAUUGCAAGGUUGAGUCUGCAGAGGAGAGUCUAGAAGGUAACCAGCCUAAAGGACAACAUAGUGGUGGCCCAGUUCAUCACAAUCCAUCGCCUGGAUUGCAAGAACCAGAGGAGGAAGGGAGGUCUAGAGGAUCAAAAUUGACUGGCAUUGUCGCUGAUGAAACUGAGGAAUGUACAUCUGCUGCUGCACACGCUGCUUCGUUAUCUCCUGCAGUGGGGUCAAAUAUUGAAGCAAAACUGGAAUUUGAUUUAAAUGAAGGCUUCAAUGCUGCUGAUGAUGGGAGAUAUGGGGAACCAAAUAAUUUGAGAACACCUGAAUGUUCUGCUGCUAUUCAGUUGAUUAGCCCAUUGCCUUUACCUGUUCCUUCUGGAUCUGGUGGGUUACCUGCUUCCAUUACAGUGGCUUCUGCUGCAAAAAGGCCCUUUGUUCCUCCAGAGGACUUGCUGAAGAAUAGGGGGGAACUUGGUUGGAAGGGAUCAGCGGCCACGAGUGCCUUUCGUCCAGCUGAACCUAGAAAAUCUUUGGAUGCGACAAUAGGUACAAGUCACAUAUCUGUUCUAGAUGCAGGCACUGCAAGGCCCAGUCGUCCACCGUUGGAUUUUGACUUGAAUGUUCCAGAUGAAAGAAUCCUUGAAGAUUUAGCUUCUAGAGGUUCUUCUCGGGGUACAGUUUCUCUAGCUGACUUUUCAAAUAAUUGUAAACUGGCACAUGAAAGUGUUAUGGAUUCUACACCUUUUCGGAGCUCCGGGGGACUUGAUCUUGAUUUGAAUAGAGUGGACGAGCCAAGUGAUAUAGGUAAUCACUUAACAAGUAAUGGGCGUAGGAUGGAUGUGCAUCUUCAGGCAUUCAAAACGUCUUCAGUUGCAGCUGUUAAUGGAGAGUCGAGCAUUCGCAGGGACUUUGAUUUGAAUGAUGGGCCACUUGUGGAUGAGGGUAGUGUUGAACCAUCUCCAUUUGGUCAACACACCAGGAAUAUUACACCAUCCCAGCCAUCUGUUUCUGGCCUUCGGUUAAACAGUACUGAGAUAGGGAAUUUCUCUUCAUGGUUUCCUCAAUGUAAUCCCUAUCCAGCUGUUGCCAUCCCAUCUAUCUUGCCUGAUAGAGGGGAGCAGCCUUUUUCAAUGGUCACCCCUGGUGGGCCUCAGCGGAUGAUGGCUCCCCCUACUUGCAGCACCCCAUUUAAUCCUGAAGUCUACAGGGGGCCAGUGUUAUCAUCUGCUCCAGCAGUUCCUUUUCCGGCUUCACCAUUUCAAUAUCCUGUAUUUCCUUUUGGGGCCAAUUUCCCUCUACCAUCAGCCACAUUUUCUGGUGGUUCGACAACAUAUAUGGAUUCAUCAUCCGGUGGGAGACUAUGCUUUCCUGCGGUUCAUUCUCAAGUAUUAGCACCUGCUGGUGCAGUCCCGUCCCAUUAUUCAAGGCCUUUUGUUGUUAGCCUCCAGGACAGUAGCAACAACAGUGGCUCUGAGAGCAACAGGAAAUGGGGAAGGCAAGGCCUAGACCUCAAUGCAGGACCUCUCGGCCCAGAUAUGGAAGGGAGAGAUGAGACAUCUUCUCUUGCAUCAAGGCAAUUGUCUGUUGCCAGUUCACAGGCCCUUGCAGAGGAGCAGUCAAGGAUGUAUCAAGUGGCAGGCAGUUUCUUGAAGAGGAAGGAACCAGAGGGUGGGUGGGAAGGUUACAAGCAAUCAUCAUGGCAGUAGAGAUCCUUAAUGGCAACAUCUGAUAAUCCUUGAAGCCCAUAUCUUCGAUUGAUGCUGACUAGCAUCCAGAGGUCGUCAUCUAACUCAUGCUCUCCAAGGAAGGGUGGUAAGUGAGUUAUUUGAUGUCAUCUGAUCUCCAACCCCAUCUUUCGCUGUAUGAAAUGUAUCUUAAGGAAUCUGUUAGGGGUCGAGCAGAUAUUUCGUUAAAUUCGUCCUGGGUGGCUGCUGUUCGCUUUCCCCUUUGUAGAUAUGUUAAACUGUUGGAAAGCAGCAUGCAGUCUCUGUUACCCAGACAUUGGAAAUUGGUGGCCCGUGCUGUUAUUCAGUGCAUCAACAUUUCAUACUGUUGGACCGAAAACCAUCCAUCCUUUUCCAGCCUUUCCAAGAAUGUAGGAUGGGUUAGUGGACUGCUCUAAACAGAAGCCCUUUUGUAUGUGCUUUGAUGUUAAUUUAUCUUCCUUUCCCCCCUUGCUUUCUUUUAAUCACAUAUAUAUAGUAGCAAAAUGGACAUUAUGUAGGACGAUUCAAAUGACAGGUGAAAUCUGAUCUAGAGUUUAAUUGUAUCUGAUAAAAGAAAAAAAAAAAAAUUAAAAGUUUAGUGCCUGUCAACUUAAUAUGAGGCAUUAUGGUUCUUUAUAUUGAAUUUUGAUGAUUUACGAUUCAUGUCUAUCCUUACUUUUUUGGGAGACAUGCUUAAUACUGCAGGUUCAUUUGAA